CACGUUGAAGAUAUCGCGGUAUUCUGGCCAACCCGAGAUUUCCGAUAACAACGGACAGUAUUGCAUACUGAAAUCAUUAAGGUCGCAAGUUAGAAGCGUGUCUUAUUUAUCUUAUUCGUGGCGACGGUCUCGCGAUUUCCCGGUUCGCGUCCAGUAAUUUGAACGCUGACCCAUUAGAACAUUGACCAACAUCGCGCGACUCUAUCAAUACUCCGCCGCUGCUCCGUAAAAUUGCGGCUUUGUCGUUUCUUGUCCGGGUGUUCUACUUGCUCCACGGAGAGAGCCCACCAGGACCAGGCAAGCCGAGAAGCUACAUCCCUACCCCACCAGCUGCUCGGCAGCGUCUGCUCGCGCCGAGCGGGGCGUCAUGCGUUUAAACGGGCACGCGCUGAAGAGAACCGAGUAGGGGUCGGCCAAUGAGAGUCGCGUGAGCCGUGGGUGCCCGGGCGGAGCGUACGGAUAUACGAGACACGGCACGAGCAACCUUCUGUCAAACGGCGUCCGACCGCCGAGGGAGAAGGUCGUGUCGUUGUCCAUCGGCGAUCAGGGUAUCCUUCGGAGAAGAAGAAGAAGACCAGCGCUCUCUUUCCUCGGUGAAAGUGCCUUCAGGUAGCUGGUCGUUCUCCACGAAGCUUCCUCACUUGCAAGUUUGUCGGCUUUGCUACCUUCCUUCCCUCUUUUCUUCCUUCCUUUUUUCCUUCGGGUAUCAUGAAGACACGACGCGAGAAGCGACAGUCACAGCGUGAAUUCUGAAGAGAUUCUGAAACGGAGAAGGCAGGAGGGAAAAUCCAAGAAUGCUGCACGGCACUUUGCCGAGGGCCUUCUUGGCCCCCGGCCUUAAUUACCUAAGUUACUACAGUGAGGAGGUCCACCCUGCCUACGCCGCGCCACCCGCCACGUGGCACAUCCCGAUGGAGGACCCGUCUUCGCCGGUGUACUCGCGAAUCCCGGCUGAGCAUCACUCAUCGUUGCAGUCCUGGGAGUCCUCGAGGUCCUCGACGCCGUGUCCGUUGGACCUGUCAUUGAAGCCACCGCCGACGCCGAGCACUCCGAAGACGGAGGAGAUGAUCGAAGUGGACGACGAGAAGGACCUCAGGAUUCGCGAUGGACUCCAAGCUCGGCCGAGCGAAGAUCGCGCAGACAAUCAGGAAGACGAUCAGCAGUUGGUAGUGGACGACUUAGACACUUUGCGCAGCUCCUCGGCACAAAGUCACCAGAGUCAUUAUGAACGGCUGGUCCUCAACAAGGGAUCACCUCGUCUGCACGACACGGUGAUGGACAAGAUCCAUCUUUCCGAAGAAAGCACUCGACUGCCGCCGUAUUCCGGUACCGACUUCAGUCCGAAGUACCACCUGCACAACCAAAAGCUUCUGUUGACAAGUCCAACGCACAUGCAACCGAUGCAAGGUUACCAUCAACAGCUGCUACUGACACCGCAACAUCAUCUUCAAGGUGUGCACGCACCCAUGACGCCACCCAGCACUCCGUCGCCACCUCAGUGCCCUCGAAGAAGAGUUCGAGAGGAGGAUCUCGCGUCACCAUCCUCGGGACUCGCUAGUAGCGCAUCCCUCGCGACCCCAAAGCAAAGCAGCACGGAGAAGACCAGCAAUAGUCAGAGGCCCAAGAAGAAGCAUGCUAGACGACUGAAGUUCGACGAGGAUACCAGCAGUCCGGUGUCGGGUACGGUAAUUUUGGGUCCGGACGAGGCAGUGGUGACCGGCGACAUCGAUCCCGCCUUCAACAUCGUCGAAGUGACGGAGGAAGCGCGAGCCGAGCUCGCCAAGAUCGAGAACCGACUUGGUCCGUAUCAAUGCAAGCUUUGCCGGCAGCUUCACGAGGAUGCCUUCCAGCUGGCGCAACACCGCUGUUCUAGAAUCGCCCACGUGGAGUAUCGUUGUCCUGAGUGCGACAAACGCUUCUCUUGUCCGGCCAACUUGGCCUCCCAUCGUCGUUGGCACAAGCCUAGACUGCCGAACAACGACGGUAAUUCCUCCACGAGUGCGACCAACUCCUCCUCGCCCUCGUCAUCAACAUCAUCGUCGUCGUCGUCGUCCACGUCGUCGGCCAUCAGCGCGGAGAUCUCGUGUACCAGAUGCGAGGCCAAAUUCACCAGGCAGACCGCGCUGAGGAAGCACCUGGCCGCUCAGCAUCCUGAAACUAACAACACUACCGGUAGCAGUAACAACAACAAUAACAAUAACAACAACAACAACAACAACAACAACAACGAUAACAUCAACAACAAUAACAGCGUUGACGGCCAAGAGACCGUCGUGAAACCAGAAGUCGUACAGACGCUUACGGCCGGCCAGUUGACCAACGAGAUGACCUGACACCAAUUUCCGGCGAGACCCUUGCCGAGACGACCCGGCCUCUACUGGAGAUUCGGCCUUGACCUGUGAGGGCUGGCUGGCUUCUUAUCAAUCCGCUCCGCCGCCACUGACGACGUCGUCGAGGCUUUCGUAAGUGUAAGUGCGCAAUCAAAAUCAUCCGCGUGCUCGUUCGUAGUAUUAGCAAGGGAGACUGGAAAAGAAGAAAAUAAAAAAAAAAGAUAGAUACGCAGAGGAGGGAAAUAAUUGCGAGGGGGGACAGGGGAGACGCUUUUCUCAAUUCCUAGGUUUUCCUUUUGCAGUUGCACAAAAUUUCCUCUAGUCGCAACGGCCGAAACGGUGCUAAUGUCAACCGAUCAUCAGCCGUCAUUCAUUCGGGAAAUAUACUCCGCUUCGUUGAACGUUUUUUAUUAAUUUACAUCGAUACAAAUAUAUAGCCGCCGAGAGAGACGGGGAUUUUCAAGUCCUAACAACAAAACUUUGAUAAUGAGAGGUGGAGAACGCUCGGAUACACACUAUUUGUUGUCUUGUCAUAGCAGGGAUGUGCCAGCGACGCGUUUUCGUUCGGCAAUUGCAGCAGCAAAGAUCGAUUCGGGCCGGGAAAUUGAUAGAUUUAAAAUUGUAUAUACUAGAUGACGUAAGAGAUUAUCGCUGCUACAGAUUUCUCCACUCAGGAUCUGAACCGGGAAGAAACAGGGUCGUACAUCUCGCUGUUGUACGAAUCAAAUAUAAAUUUGUAUGUAUAUGUCAAUCGUAUUGUAGACGAAAAAACUAAGAGAGAUAAUCGCCAGUAAAAUAGAAAUUCUUCAUUCUUGUAUAUGUGUGUUACUAAGAAUCAUAAAUGAUUCACGACGCAUUCACAAUUGAUAAUAUAUUCACAAUUAAGUCAUUAUUUGAGAGAGAGAGAGAGAGAGAG